AAAAAGUUCGUCGUUUGCGACCGUGUCUCGUAUGUAUGCGUCGGCCGGGUACCAAUUGUUAAUGAAUGGUUGACCACGCCAUGAUAUAAACUGAUUCCGUAUUAUUGGCAAUUAUCACCACCGUACAGAGCCAUCGACAACAAUGGACAGAAGUAUAGUAAUAACCACACUGCUAAUAGCACAGUUUAUGACAGCUUGCGUCUGUCAAGAUACUAAACUGUUAUACACCGAUGCACUGAAUGCGGCGUUAUAUUUCCAAUCUAAGCUGUGGUCAUUCAGUUACGACGACGACGGGUUGUACCAGCGACUUCAGGCGGAACAGACAGUCGAAAGGAACGUGCUGCAUGACGGGGUGUCUGAGAUUAAAAUUACUCUGGCCUACGACUUUGAAGACGAGUUCGUAUUUUGGCCUGACAUAAUACGACGUACAAUUAAUAAGAUGUCUUUAAAGAGUGGAGAAGUAAGCGUUCUGUUUGAGGGCAUCUCGGAUGGAGUGGCGGGGAUAGAGGUCGAUUGGGUGGCUAAUAACGUAUACUGGUCCGAUGCCGACUAUAACUGGAUCAUGAUGUGCGAUUACAAUGGAACCUACCAUCACACGUUGUUGAAGACAGGAAUAGUGGAGCCUGGUGACAUAGCUGUGGAUGCCGUCAAUGGGAUGCUGUACUGGGCCGAUAUGAAUUCAGACGAUCCUAGGAUCGAGUCGUCUACAUUAUCCGGCGAGAACAGAACAACAAUUAUUGCCAAAAACAACUAUUUGGUAUAUCCGCACGGUUUAACUCUAGAUCAUUGGCAGAAAAGGAUAUUCUACACCGAUCUAUGGUUGGAAGGACUUUUUUCUGUCAGCGUAACUGGUAACGUUUCAGACAUCCGUGUUGAGUAUGUAGAUGGCGGUUUAUAUUAUCCAUAUUAUGUCGAUUUAAGCAAGGACUAUUUUUUUAUUAGCGAAUUUCACUACCAAGAAAUCGUCGUUGUACCAAGGAAUAAUUCUUCGGUGGAAUCAGCUUUGAUAUACCCAUUAGGUGACGCGAUUCCCCUUGGCAUCAGUUACUUCGACAGUGCCCGUCAACCAACUACAUCCAAUCCAUGCUCAGAAAACAAUGGUGGGUGCGACCAGUUGUGUGUGAGCGCCACGGACAAUACUCACCAAUGUCUAUGUACAUAUGGGUAUAUCAAACAGGAAGAUGUGACGUCCCAAUGUUACAAAGAUGACCAUUUGAUUCCGGGACACAAGAUCAUACUGGCAAACGAAACAAGCAUAUGUGUUGCACCCUCGCACCUUGGCGAUCUGUCCGAUUUGUCCGAAGCGCUGCGGUGUGUUUUUGAUGUCGACGUGACGUCACUGGAUUUCGACCACGCUCAGGAAACGCUGUAUGUGUAUCAGCCAUCAGAGAAUGCAAUAACACGUGCCAGACUUCGCGAGGGUGAAAGCUUUGAGACUAUAGUGUCCGAGGCAGGACGCGUGACAGAUCUAGCGGUGGACUGGGUCUCAGAUAAUUUAUACUGGACACGUGGAAAAAUAGGAGAAGUGAGUGGAGCCAUAUUCGUAUCAAGACUAGAUGGUUUAAAAGCUGGUAUGUUAUUGAAUUCUGGAAUCGAUGACCCACAAGCUAUUGUGUUAGAUCCGUUACAAGAAUAUCUUAUCUGGGCCGACAGUGGCGAAUCAGCUCGCAUACAGCGUACCAGUUUGUCCGGAAGAGACAGAGUGACGUUGGUCGACACUGAUAUAAUCACGCCCGUUGCUAUGACGAUAGACUAUCAAAUGAACAGAAUUGUCUGGGCAGACAAUGGAAAGUAUACCAUUGAAUCUAUCGGAAUCGACGGCCAGGCGCGACUUUUGCUAGAUGAAAGUACGCAUCGACGAACGUUCAAUGGAAUCGCUAACAAUCAGGAUAUCAUUGCGUGGAUACAAGUAGAAGAAAAUUCGGUAGUUUUUUUCAACCAUGACCUUCAAAGGCAAAAGAAUGUUUUACAUACAUCGGGCGAACCUAAAGCGAUAUCGAUAUACGAUGACCGACUUCAACCAACAAAUCAAGACACGAACCCAUGUGCCAUCAGCCAGGCUUGUCAACCCGGUCAACUUUGUAUACCAUUUCGCGGUGUCGCCGACUGUGUGUGUGAUUUGAGCAAUAGCAGCUGUGUUCCAGCCGAGAUGUGUCCAUUGAGCAUUCCUUAUGGGUCGCUCACUCGUACUUGUACAGGCGUGGUUGGAACAACAUGUCAGUUCACCUGCCUCGGAUUAUUCAAUCCAACGACCAGCGACCCUAUAACGUGUGUGGAAGGGGGCAUUUGGGACAAGGAUGUUGACGAUCUUUGUGCACUCAAUAUCACAUUGGAGAACUUCAUGCUAGUGACGUCAAAUGACGGGAUAUACUACGUGGAUAUGACGUCAUCAGAUUAUAGAUAUGGUCUUUUAGAUAUACCGAGUAUAUUAUACUGUAUGAGCUUCGAUUUCGACUUUGAAGACGAAGUACUUUACUGGACAGAUGCCUACCUGGAGGUGAUCGGCACAACGAAAUUAGACGGAAGUAAUGUCGAUAUUAUUGUACAGACGGACAUAAUAUACCCAGAUGGUAUUGAAGUGGAUAGCAAGCGUCGUAAAAUAUAUUGGGUGGAUUCCGAAAAGGACCAAAUACAAGUGAUUGACAUGAACGGAAAUAACAGGGAAAUACUUGUAGGGUUUGACUUGUUCGAGCCGAGGUCUUUAGUACAUGGAAGACGCGACAGAACACUUUAUUGGACAGAUUGGGGAGAAGAUCAACAGAAAAUCGAGAGAGUGAACAUUGAUGGUUCAGAUAGGAGGACGCUGGCUUCUGAAAAUAUGACACAUCCAAUGGGCCUUGUAUUGGACGAAUUGGAAAAUAAACUUUACUGGUGCGAUGCAUCGCGUGACGUCUUGCAGGUAAUGAAUCUGGACGGCAGUAACCGACGAGAGAUCUACGCAUUUCCAGCCGAGACAGCUUGUUUUGGUUUGGAGCUUACCGAAGACUAUUUCUACUGGUCUGAUUACAACAACGGCUACCUGCACAGAAUCAACCGACAUUCGUUGCAGGACGAAACGUUCCUUCCAGACCUUGUCAUCGAACAACCCACCGAGAUAAAGAUUUACAAACGUCCACCAGCUUCCUCGCCUGAUAAAGAACCUCGUCUUUUGUAUACUGACUUUCAGUUUACAGUCGCCUCGAUCCAAUCCAAUGUUAUUUCACUCGAUCACAACGCAAAGCAGAUUUACAAUAUGCUGCAAGAUGAAACUGUUCUUGAUCAAACCACCUUGCACACCUCCCCGAUGGCAUUCAACACGGCCCUUACGUAUGACUUUGACGACAGCUUGGUGUUCUGGAUUAAUCAGGCGUUGGGUGUCGUUUACAAGAUGUCACUUAUUACGUCCAACGUUACUAUAAUAUCCGACGUUGUGUCUCAGGACGUCAGUGGAAUAGCUGUUGACUGGGUAGCCAAUAAAUUGUACUGGUCCGAUGCUGAUUACAAUUGGAUUGUCAUGUGUGACUAUGAUGGUAAUUUUGUGCACACUGUAUUAAAAACUGGGUUUAUGCGACCGCUUGACUUGGCUGUCGAUCCUGUAAACGGUAAGCUAUACUGGGCCGACAGCAGUCAAUACUCUAACAGAAUAGAUUCCUCAAGCCUAGCUGGUGAAGAUGUACUUACAGUUGCAGGAGGAACUGAAGACUUUGGUUGGCCACAUGGACUUACAAUCGACUUCGACAAUAAUAGGUUGUACUGGACGGACAUGGCAAGGGAGGCAAUUCUGUCAAUCGGUCUGCUCGGCUCGACUCAGCAGCAGGUUCGGGUAGAAUACGAAGAGGGUGGACUUUAUUAUCCAUUCUUUAUAGACCUAAAUAAGGAUUAUUUUUUUGUCAGCGAAUACUGGUUCAGUGAAAUUAUAGUAAUUCCUAGGACGGACGCCACUGUCGAGUAUGCUGCGAAAUAUUUUACCCUUCCUGACACCCCAUUGGGUAUUAAAUACUACCACGAAAGUCGCCAACCACGACAUGAAAAUGCAUGUGGUGUUGACAACGGCGGAUGUGAUCAACUGUGCGUUAGCAGUAAUGGGGGUCAUCAAUGUCUCUGUACCUACGAUUUUAUAGCUGCACCAAAUGGAAAAUGUGUACCAGAUGACCACGUAAUGCCAGGACACCAGAUUAUCUUUGCUACCAAUUCUAGUAUAUGUUCAGCACCAACACACAUAUCUGACAUUAUUGACGUCACCGAUGUCACCAAGUGUUAUUUUGAUAAUAUUGAAGUGACGUCACUGGAUUACAACUUUCGAGAAGAGACUCUAUACGUAUAUGAACCGGCAGAUAAUGCUAUUAAGCGAGUUCGUCUGCGUCAGGGCGAACCCUUCGAAACAGUAAUACCCGGUGCCGGAGACGUCACAGGUAUUGCUAUUGAUUGGUUCUCAUCCAAUAUGUAUUGGACUCUAGGACAGGAGAAUGAAAUACGGAUAUCAAGUCUGGACAACGUUUACAAGGCAGUUCUUCUAAACCAAGAUGUCAUAAAUCCACAGUCUAUCGUUGUACACCCUAAAAAGGAAUUCAUAUUCUGGGGAGCCGGUGGGGAGCGGCCUUGCAUCGAACGGGCAAGCCUAUCUGGAAGAGAUCGCCUGAAGAUUAUUACUGAUGACAUUCUGCUGCCUGCUGCCAUGACAACAGACUAUGUGUAUGAGAGGUUAUAUUGGGCAGAUAGUGGAACGGGAAAAAUAGAGAGCGUGACGUUCUCUGGUGAAGAUCGAGUCACUUUGGAUGAUGGUAGUUCAUUUGCUCGUUCAUUUGUUGGUAUAAGUACGCUACAGGAUUUUAUCGUCUGGUCAUACGAAGGAAGUGAGUCUUUGGAAUUUUACGAUCUUGAGCUAGAACAACCCAAAACAAGCGUUGCUAUAACUGGUUGGCCACGUGCUAUUAAAGUAUUUGACGACCGACUGCAACCAAAGAGUGGUGAGGUGAAUCCAUGCUUUGUUGGCGAGCCUUGUGGUAGAGAUCAUGGUAUUUGUGCACCGUAUUAUGGGGUGGCUGACUGCAUAUGCGAUGCGAGCAAUAACGAAUGCCAAACAGAUGAAAAAUGCCAGCUAAAUCUACCCAAUGGUAGAUUUGAUUACCGCUGUGAUGCCAACGUAGGAAAGAGUUGCAACUUCACGUGUGAUGUCGGUUUCAGAGCAGUGCGGGGCAAUCGAGUCACGUGUUUUCAUGGUACAGGAUGGAACCUCGAUAUCGAUAAAUUGUGUGAACUUAUACCAACAACAGUCAAACCCACGACGGCAACAAUAAAAACAACAACCUUGAAAACCACCAAAAUGCCGUCGCAAGGCGAGAAGCAGAAAAACAAAGGAGAUAAAUCGAAUACUGGGCCAAUGAUUGGUGGCAUUGUUGGAUUUAUCGUCCUUUUAAUUGUGGUUAUUGGUGUGGUUGGUUUCCUGUACUGUAGGCACCGCCGAGGUUCGUCUGCAAUUUACAAACCGGACGAUAUUCCGGUAGAGAUGGAUAAACCAGUUUAUUUCAGCAGAGAUGACGGGGAAAACAUUCACGGUUUAGACAACCCUUUUUAUAGCACCACAACACAAGAUAACAUUUGACGUAGCAGCGAAUACGAAUGAAACAGGGACUAACUAACAUAUUAAUAUGCCGUACAGUCGUCAUAUGUAAAAAAAAGUAUUUUAUAUGCGUUGUAUGGGUCGCAUGGGACCCACAAUGUGACGACUGUGGCGCUAUAAUCAGAAUGUUGUUAUCAUACUUUGAUUCAUGUUUAUUUCAAUAUCAUAAUGUUAUUUACAAGACACACGGAAACUUACAUUUCUUUACGAUAAUGAGUUUCAUUCUCGCUUCUGGUAUCAGUCUUUUAAAGACAUUGCGUUGAAUUGACGAUUGUACAUGUUGGUAAUUCGAACACUAAAUACAAACGUUGUUUUGUCACGUACUAAAUUACAGUUUCUUUAAUUGGUAUUACUAAUGCGUUGUGCCACAACACCAGUUUUUUUUUCUGUAUAAUAAAUCAUGGUAAUGCAUGUAUACCAGUAUAUGAUAUCGAACAACAAUGUUUAAAAAAAUCACCAGUUAUCCAUAUUGUCAUUUUAUUAUCCAGGAAUAAUUGUUUUAGUGGAAAAUUUGUAGAACGGUAAAUAACAGGUCAGACUCGCAUUGAUAUAAAAAACGAUCAUCACACACUGUGUGCAUAGACCACUGACAUGAACUUUCGUGUCUCUUGAAAAUAAUUAGAAUAUUCAAAUUGUGAUAUAUGUAAACAGUUAAAUAUAUUGUUUUGUUUUUUUUCACAUAUACGAUAUAUGUUCAUUCAUUUAUUAAAGCAAAAUUUGUAUUCCUGU